AUGGACAGGCUAUAUUUGAUAUCAAUAUGCUAUAUUUCAAAUCGUUGUAUAACAGCUGCAGCUGGAGCAACAGGUUUAGCAGCUGUUGAUAUUGCCAGUCAUGUAUUUGGUGCAACGGUAAUAGGGCUAUGUGGUGGUGUAGAAAAAUGUAAUUUGGUAAAAGCAAGGGGUGCCACUCAUGUAAUAGAUUAUAACGUUGAAGAUGUGAGAGCCAGGGUCAAGGAGCUUACGAAAGGUGGAGGGGUCAAUGUUGUGAUGGAUCAAGUAGGAGGCGACCUUUUUAUUCAGUGUUUAAAAAGUAUAGCAGAAGAAGGUCGAAUACUAACUGUGGGCUAUGCUUCUGGUAAAAUACCGAAUAUACCAGCAAACCUUUUAUUAUUAAAAUCGUGUACUGUCAUGGGUGUAUUUUGGGGAAACUACAGUAAAACAAAGCCAGAUAUUUUUCAACAAUCUAUUGUGGAUGUUUUAACAGCUAUUAAUAAAGGUCAACUUAAUCCACACGUUGGAGCUACUUUCCCUUUAUCUGAGAUCAAUGAAGCAUUUAAGUAUGUAGAGACAAGAAAAUCAACAGGAAAAGUUGCACUUACUAUGAAAGGAUAAAUUUUUUGAUAAAAUAAUGUUUAUAGAAUUGUUAUACAAAAUAUUUUUAUACUGAUUAAAUCUGAUUUACUGGUCCAAA